AUGUCGAUGAGAUUGUUUGGGAAGAUUUUUUCAGUGAGUUUCAGACAUUUUCACAGAACUAAAUUUUCCAAGUCUUUCUUCUUCUUUAAUUCUACAGAAGUUUUCUGUGCUGGCCUUAGGAGAUUUAUUUUCAAGGAAGAUUUGGACACGUUGGAAGAAGCAAAAAAGCGUUACAGGUGGAUGACAAUUUUACAUUAUUUGAUGAUGACGGUCAUCUUUACAAUCCUUGCUUUCAUCAUGUAUAAGAUUUUGAGCUUUUAUGGGUUCAUCGAAUCUGGCACUGAAAUUAUUACCGAUUUGAAAUCUUUCGUCUUUUAAUUAUAAGUUUUCAUUAAAUGUAAUUUAAAAAUAAGCUUCAACAGUAAAAAUAUUUGAGGGAAUUAUAAGGAAUAAAAACAAAUAUCGAAAGAUAUUCUUCAAGGGCAUAAAACUUAA